AACCGCUUCACGGAGCGACACGAAUGCAUGCGCGCGCGUCCGGUUCGCUCUGAACGCUCCAUUAGAUUUUCUUUCUUUUUACUACUGUUUACGCGCGAAGACCGUUGACGUCGCCGCCCGAGAUCGCAGAUUUCGGUGUUGCCGUUGUAAAAUCGCUGUACCGUUGCGUAAGCGCACCGGUCGCCGUCCACCGUGAUGACGGGACGACCAUUAUGACGCGUUGGCGUCCCCGACUUCCCGGCGGCGCGCCCUUGAUGUUACUCGCAGCAGCGUCGUCGUUCCUCUUGCUGACGCUAGUGCACGAGUGCGCGGCCGGCUUACAGCACACGGUGGCCGCAGCGGCCGAAAGCGUCGACGCCGCCGCGAUUACCGUGCACAAAUGUUGCGCCCGCGACGAAAUCGUGGUCGUCAACAUGUGCCGGAGCGCCAACAUUACCAGCACGUCGCCAUGGGCUCCGGAAUUCUCGGCCAGCCGCGAAGACGACGCUACCGCCGGAUCGAAAACGUUGCCGGCCUCGUCAGUCUCUUACAAGUAAGUUCAUUGAUACAAAACACUAUGGUCAUGUAUAUUAUUGUCGUGCAACUUAGCAUGUGUGCUGAAAACUUGCCAUAAAUUUAAUUUUAAUGUGACGUACGUUUUGGUUCCGGCUGUGGUUUUUUUUUUUUUUUUUUUUUGUCAUAAUAUUUCGGAGCUCGGACGGUGAAUACGUUCGGGAAAAAGACCGUUACAAAAUCAAUAGUCCGCAUUCGGUUCCCCUUCCCUCCCCUCUCCGCCGCCACACCGUUUGGUUAUAAAGUUUUAAAUUCACAUGGGACACGUCGUCGGUCGGGUUCGAUCGGAUUGGCCCGUAACGGCUAUAUAUUUUAUGUAUUAUUAUUUAGGAGACGUUUCCAGCGGUGUGAUUUCUUCUGGGUUAUAUCGUCGCGUACCGUCGUUUGUCACCCCGACAUUUCUCUGCUACGUCGUGUAGUAUAGGUACCUACCCGCAUUUACUAAAUUGCAUUACCAUAUUUAGACGACUGGCGAAUAGGUAUAGGUACCUCGAGUGCGAAAUGCACAGAACGUCGCGUUUCGUCGUGCGCACUGUUCCAUAAAUUCACGACCGCCGUAUAAAUCGACUCUCGUGCAUUAAAAAAGCAUUCGCCUUCUUGUGUUUCUAGCGGUUGUAAGAGAUUCUAUAGAUUGUAUUUUAUUACGCUACUUACAACGGCGGACACCUUCAUAUAGUACAUAGUCCCAUAGAUUAUCAGUGUAUAUAUUUGACGCGGAUACUAUCGCGAUGACGGUUAAAAUAAGGCGAUUUAUAAACGGGACACGAUGAGAUUUCAAACCGGAGUUGCCUCAUACAUAGAUGAGCUAAACUAUGUGGAGACUCGGUCCUCCUCCCCACCCAUUGGCCGUGUUAAAAUAAAAAAAUAAUAAAAAAUAACGAUUUGAACCAUUUGACGUUCAAAACUCUUAUGUAUAAAUUCUAAUAAAAUAAUAAUCAUUCCACACUUAUCACAGCAGUAUUCCGUCCAAACACGAAAUAAUGACUAUACUGCGAUUAGUAUAUCUUUGAUUUCAGGGAAAAAAGGUUUUAGUCGAUUUUUCGAAUUUUCUUUCUUUAGGUGAUUAUUAUGUCGUACAAUUUGUGAACAAAAUUUUGCCUUUGUAUUUGUAUCAAUAAUCCGACCGAAUUAUCAACUUUAGUGGUGAUUUCUGAUUGGAUAUUUUUUUUAUUUUAUGCAUUGAGGCGGUUGUUUUUUCCCUUGUACUUUUCUCGAUAGCGGGGGGUAAACCAGAGAAAAACAUCAGAUAAAUGGGAAUAUUACGGUUUUUGUUAUCGAUUUUGUAUUUUUCAUUGUAAUUUGGUGAAAAAUAAUAGUAAAAAUCUAACAUUUUUACUAAAUAUCUAAUUACAUUAACAUAUUCAUGAUAAAAUUUUCGAAAAGUCCGGGAUUUUUAAUUUCUUUAUAAUUAAUAAAAUCUAUAUGUUAUAUAAAAUAACAUGUCCUAAUUGAUUGACUGAUUGAUUCAUCAUCGCCUAACCCAAUCCACUGAACGGAUCGGGCUGAAAUUUGGCACAUAAAUAGCUAUUAUGACGCAGGCAUACGCUAUGAAAGGAUUUUUGAAAAUUCAACCCCUAGGGGGUAAAUAGGGGUUUUUAGGUAUAUUUGGUACGAAUAUCUAAUUGCUUAUUUAUUUAUUUUUGUUUAUUCAAGGGUUACCUUGGUGUUUCGGAAAAGAAAACUAUUUUAAUUAUUAUUAUUACUAUUAUUUACACUAUUCAAAUUUUACAUUGAGCACAUUUAGUCCGCCGAAGGUGGACUACCCACUUUCCGCCUAUUUGUUUUCAUUCAAUUUUGACACGGCCAAAACAGAAAAUGAAUACGGGUAAAAUAAUCAAAAUUAAAAAAUUAAAAAUUGGCACGAGUAACGCCGGGCGCGGGACAGCUAGUAAUAAAAUAAAAACAAAAUUAUUAAAUUGUCAAUACUCGUAAAUAAAUAUAUAAAUAAAUAAUUUAUAAGUAGAAAUCAAUGAAUAAAUGCAUCGCCUGGAGUAUUAAAAUAUGUGUAUCACGAGUCGCGUACUGCUUUUUAACUUUGUGAUUUACAUGAUGAUGAAUUUUUAUUUCGAAAUAACACACGUGUAAUGUACAUACACAUAUCUUAAUACUCCGGACAACGCUUUUAUUCAUUAUUUCAUUUUUUUUAUAAUUUAUUAAAAAUGUCGAAAACUUGUUUGACUUGAAUGCAAUUUUGUUGGUUCAUAUAAAUGAUAAAGAAAUUUGAGACGGUUUCAUCAUAAUUUAUAGUUAAGCUGUAAAAUAAAAAGUUGAACGUUAUGUCAUAAUUUAUUUUUAAAUACAGUUUAAGUUAAAAUCUAUCAUAAAAUACGUAGAAAAAAAAAACGAAUAAUUGUAGUUUAUUACCAGAGUUAGUAAUAUACGCGUAUCAAACUUUUUAACGAUUAAAAGACAUAAGGAGUAUAAAGUAUACAUUUAUUUUUUUGAAAUUAUAAUAGUGAUAAUACUGCACAUUUUAAAUCUGAAUAAGUAUAUACUUAUUAAUUAAUAAAACAAGAUAACAAAACACAUCAACUUGUGCAUUUGUCGAAUUUAGAAUAAAAUAAAAAACCAAAACGUAUUUCUUCUUUUAUAUUAGAAUUAUAAAUGUAGUUAGUAAUAAAAAAUAAAGAUGAACUUAGUACUUAAUAUAACAAAUUAUCACAAAUAUCGUUUAUAUAAUUAUAAUACGAUUAUAAUAUCUUAGGUAAUUCGCUAAUUCUUCUUCAGUAAUAUUUUUUACUUCUUAGUAAGUCUUAUUCUUUGAUAAAUCUGAGGUUAUUUAAUACUCGUUUGAUUGGUUAUGUUUUUCUCCGUUUUUAAGUGAACAAUAUACACUUAAGAAUUUAUUUAAAUGAUCCGGAGAUAAUCUGUUUCGCAAAUUGUUAUGUAUAUAAGACCAAUUUGAUAAAACCCUCUCUAAUUGGGCUGUAGACUGUAGAAUUUACUUAAUUAAUGGUAUAGAAUCUAUAGCCAUGGUUGUAACCACAGAUUUAAAAAAUGAUGAUUAAAUUUCUGCGAUUAUCACUAAUCAAUAUCAAUUGACAAUUAUAGUAUCUAAUCGAUAAUUGUUAUUUAGUGCAGCCGUAAAAAAAAGAAAACAUUUUAUACUUUACUGUAUUAUACGUUCCAACCCUGUUUGUUUUUAAUAAAAUUGUUAGGUGACGGCAGUCCCAAUAAGCCGUGCAUAUGCAUAUGCAAUUAUUUUAACAUGAUAUAUAUAUAUAUUGUUGAAAAAAUAACACUAUCAACCAAACUCCACUUAUAAUCAUUUUUUCGUUAGCAAUGGUUAAACGUUGCUUACGGGUAAACAUUAAAUUAUCUAUAACAAAGGCUGUACCCCAUUAUCCUAGGACGGCUUUUUUUUUUAUAAUUUUCUUUUGGUUGAGAUGUCCAAAAAUGUAUUUAAGCGAAAUGUUGGUUUAGCGAAUGUUAAAAGACAAGUUAAUAAAAAAAAAAAAACACUUUUAAAAUUCGGAACAAAAGAAUAAUAAACCAGUAUCAAAAAGCAUGUAAGUAUGUGGAGAUUAUCAUAAUCUGGUAUUAUUUUUAUGAACAAUUUAAAAUACUAUUGCUGAAAUUAAUGACUACCAUAUACAGUAUAAAAGAAUACAUAAAUUCUAAAACCUAAGAAUUAAUUUAAAAUUUUAAUGUAUAUUAUCACUUUAUUUUUAAUAACCAUGUAAACAUAUCGUUUUCGUGAAUCUAUAGCCAUUAACUAAAACCUAGUAUGAUAAUGUAUAUAAUCAGGUCAAUCGCCAAAACACAACUAAUGUUCACGUCUAUAUACGCGACACUUGUCGUUGUGACCUUUUAGGGUCGCAUAAAAAGCAGGGAAAUAUACGUUAUUACGCUUAUUAAUCGAGAAAAUAUUAAUAAUAUCCAUCACUAGUAUCUGAAAUAUUUUUUGUAACUUCACGUCUUAUAGACGUUUUCAUAUAGUACUUUUUUUCCUUUUACCCGACGUGGUUUUGCACAACAUAUCGAGGUUUGUUUAUUAUUAAAAGCCCGACAUGAUUUUAUAUUCGAUUUGGUGAACGAAGCGGGGCCGGUAUGUUCGACUAUUUUAGGUUUGUUUCGUUACGGCUAGAAACCAUUGGUUUUUAUCAUUCCAUGCAAAUAAUAUUUCUCAAUAUUUUUUUAUUGUAUUAUUUUGCCGAUUUAUACAGUCCCCUGUCACACAGUGAUCUGCAUAGUAAAAUUACAUAACAAAAAGUUCAAGUUUUGAAUACUGAUUUUUUAUUUUUUCUAUACAUUCUCUGAAAUCUUAUAUUGAAUUUCAUGUUCUUAAGCAUAUAUUUGAAUAAUCUGCAAUCUUUUGAAAAAGACAUUUCUGUAUUUUUAUCUUUAUUUCAGCAAAAGGAUUUUUCAUUUUUUUUUUUUUUUUUUUUGUUACUAACUUAAUAACUUGAAUCAAUAUAGAUAACAAAAAAAAUACAUAUAUUUUUAGAUUCAUUUUUAUUAAUCGUUGGUUUAAAAAAAAAAUAAACAUUGAAUUUAUGUGUUUUUUUCUGCAUCCAUAAUUCUAUAGAAUAAUUAAUUUAAAAAAAGUUAAAAAUUAAAAAUCAAUAUUCAAAACUGGGACUUUGUGCCACGUAAAUUCACAUCACUGUGCGUCGUCAACACAAAUUAUACAUUUUUGUCGUAUAUACAUAAUAUUACUUGCAACAUGACGUAGUUCAUCGGCAAUUUCGGCGAUAGCCGCGAAUGUGUGCGUCAUCAUUUUAUAUGUUUAUAUUUUUUUGUUUUUUAUUUUAUUCCGUUACAGGCGUUUUCUAAUUCACUACAAACCGCGAAGCAUUCGGCCCGAACGUCAAUAAAGCCAAUUAAAUAGAGUAGUCUCUGGAAUAUAUAAUACUUAUUAGCAAUAUAGUAAUUUGAUGCAAAUGUAAUCAGCGUUGCGCACUAUUUAAUUAACAUCAUGACGUAUUCGGGGGGGAGGGGGUACUACCGUUGCCGAAAUUGAAUAGGCCUUGGUGCAAAUUUAAUUUGUGGACCCAUUAUUUUCCAUUAAUAUUUAAUCUAAACAUAUACUAUAAAAAAAGAUAUGGACAUACAUACCACACAAAAUAGGUGGGCCAUUGUUGUAGAUGGGAAGGUUGGGAAGGUAUAGGGGGACGAUUAAUCAUUGCGAACGAUAAACGAUUCUAAGCGGAGUUCGGUUAUACAUGUUUUAAAUAACCGUAAUAUUUACGAUUAGAAAAUAAUAAAUGUCGUAAAUUUCCCCGUUUUUUCUCGGUUUUUCCAGAUUAUUAUGAAAACAUCUAAAAAAUUAAAACUGGCCUCUAUAAAGUCCUCUUCAGUCAGAUUUUCUUACAAAAAAAGGGUGUUACAUUUGAAAAUCUGAGCAAAAUUUCUGAUAGAAUUAAGAUAAAAAAUAAAAAAUAAAUAUCAUUGUAAAACUAAUACAUUCCUGUUUCGUUCAGGAUCUAAAAGCAAUAUAUAUAUAUAUAUAUAUAUCAAUAGGUAUAUCAGACAUCAGUUUAUCACACUAUCACUUUAAAAUUUAUCUAUUGACUUGAGUAUAGAUUAUAUAUUAUUAUAUGCAUACAUGAUACAAUAUAAAUGCAUAAAAGUCCAUAAUAUAGUUAAAUUAAUUUUAAUAUAAUAACCGGGUUGGCGCGUUAUGCACCCUCACUUAAACUUAACAAAUUAUGAUUUUAUUAAAAAAUAUUUUGUCAUUGGAAUAGAUACUUAAAUAAUUUUAAGUAUGGGCCCCAUACGAGAACGUCAAGCAAGGGGUACUGGUGCAAUGAACCGCCCACACCACAGUUUCUACGGUACUGGGGGUGCUUAGAACACCCCCCUCCCCCAUUGGCCAUGUUAAAAUUAGUGAUGGGUGAUUCUGAAUAUUUUAUGCUAUCGAUAGUUUUGAAUAGUUCAGAUAAACUAUCGAAUAUUUCAUUUGAAAAUUAUUUGAAUAGUUUUUAACAUAAGUAACCGAAUAGUUAAACCAUUCGAACAAUUUUCAAUCUAUCUGAUUGUUCGAAUGCAAUCAAUUAUCAAAUAGUUUUAUAGUAACUAUUCGAUUGUGUCCAUCAUUAGUUAAAAUAGAAAACAAAUAUAUUAUAAACCCGGACCUUGAAUCAAGAAGGCCAAUCUUAUAUUUAUGUGAAAAUGUAAUAUAGUGCCUAUUAUUAUACGAUUUGAUGUACAUAUUUGCUUGUGUUAGAGAGACGUAUAUCUCGUACGCAAGAUAAUAAUAGAUGUGUCUCUCUCAAAAGUGACCAAUCUACACUCUGCAGGCCUAUUCCUUUAAUGCCAAUAUAAGAUAAUUCAAGAAACUGAGUUUAGUUCAUAUAUUGCCCUAAUGUUCGAAAACUAGUCAACAUUGAAAAUGUAUAUUAGGUAUCAGUGGCGUAUGUGGGAGGUAAGGAAUCAUAUUAUCCCCAUUGGCUUAGAAAUUAAAAAUAUGUGAGUAAUCUUAUAUUGAAAUGCAUAUAUUUAAGCCAAGUUACGAGAAAAAACUUGAUGUAUUGAUUAGAAAUCUAUUUUUUUUUAGGAUCCGGAUUUUAAAUUACCAAUUUCCAUAGUCAAGUUAGGUAGAGAAGAUGAUUUUACAAUUUAUUCAUGAUUCUCAUUUGCUAUAUCCUCUCCUAUUGAAAAUUCCUGGGCACACCACUGUUAAGUAUAAUAUAUUAAAUAGCAAAAUGAACAUCAUUUUUAUUGCACAUUUGUUUGUGUUUCCAAGAAACACUAAAUAUUUCGGCCCGAUUAUUUUAGAUUGGAAUUCUAUUUUUAGAAAGUUGUAGGGGUUACUGAAAUAAACAAUUUGGGAUUAAUUUCAAUUUGUAACGUGCGCGUAUACUCGGUACAAAUUACUUUUUUUUAAUAACAACGCUUAUUUCUGACAUUAGAUUCGAAUAGUCAGAUUAUUUUCAAGCCUCGUUGAUCAAUAUAAUUAUUUAAUAUUUUUAUCAUAAGAAUCGCCUGAGAUAAAGCCGUCUAAAGUUGGUAAAAAAAUAUGAUUUUUUAUCGAUUUUUCAAAAUAUAUAAAACGUAUCUUGUGUAAGUAUGACGUGUUUUGUUAUUAUUUAUUAUUAUUAUUAACUUUAUGAAAAAUGUUUUCGAAAAAUCGUUAAAAAUCACCACCUAGUUGGGUAGGAAAUAUUGCAUGUUCAAUAGGUAUUAGUUUAUUUUUUGUUACUUAUUUCAAAAAUCGACUGCUUCCGCACAAUUAACAAUUUUAAACAAUUACCUACAUUUAUUAUGUUUAAUAUUUUAUUAAAUAUUCGUUUCCAAAGAAAAAAAAAGAUAGUUUCCUAAUCAUAAUUUUAUAAAAUAUCCUAAUGCCAUGUACCUAAUAAAUAAUAUUAACUUGAAUUACAUUUAAAAGUGUGAUUAGUGAUUAAACAAUCAGAGUUGAAAUGUUCAAUUUUAAUAAAUCCCAAUUUCGUCGCAUUCGACUGUAUAUAGCAUUAUAAUAUCCAUUAGUGAUGAGAUAUCAGAAACAUAAAAAUAUUAUUACUAUUUAUCAAUAAUAAUUUGUUCAUAAAACAAAAUUCCGGAAUACCGCGAUGGUGGAAAGAUAUUAGGUAUUUAAAUAAUAGUAGUUUUUUAUAAAUAUACAAGUAAUAAGAUUCACUCAUUUCGCUUUUGGAAUAAAGGAAAAUAAACGUCGCUUUGGUAAAUAUAUUUUUUUUUUAUAACAUUUUUAAACAGAAAGCACCCCUGAGUUGGCAUCAAGUGCUUUCCCCCUCGUACAGCGCAGCAACGGGAUGGAGCCCAGGAGUAAACCGUUAAUUGCCCACCUCCCGCAGCCUCCCCUCCGCCCACUCGGUUUCACCAGUAUAGUGUUAUUGUAAAGUCGGCCGGCGUUUCGAACCGCGUCGGUGUUGCCGCUCGGAUCGAUACUUGUGCGGCGCGACGGUCGUCGUCCUCGGUCCGCAGCUACGGGCGGCAGCUCGCCGCUUUUUCGUUUCGGGAAUCGCGUCCGAUCCCCUUUAACACUCGACGCGGCCAUUACCCCCGACGUGUGCGGUUUUUUUUCCAUAUCCUACGCUUGCCCGUACGCCGAUACACAAAAACAAAACCGCACGCUGUGACGCACACCCGCGCGCGCGGUUACCUCCGGUUACCACGUCGCCGCCGCGCCGGCAAUAGGUACUAAACAUUAAAAACAUAAUAGACCGGCGGCGUGCGCAGCCGGCCGCCAGUCGACAUUCCGGAAACCGGUUUUCGAUAACCGUCACCGCAAAUACCGUAUUCGCGCGUCAUUGUUAUAAAAUAAUAAUGUAAAAUAACCGCGUGUCUCGUCUCGUAUUAUAUCGCGUAAAUUGCUGCUGUACUUACGGCGUUAGCGCGCGAGACCAUUGCCGUCACCGAACUCGGCGCGCACGACACGAAUAAGAUAAUAAUAAUAUACGGCAUUCGAAUUGCGGCGGGUCUUGCGAUUAGGUGGAUACCACGGCGGCAAGGGGAGUGGGCGGAGUACCGGUUAUUUUCUUUAUAGACUUUAUUGACCAGAGCGAGAAUUUUGUCCAGGUUUUUUUCUCCUACGAUAAUGUGUAUUUUUUUUUUUCUGUCCGUCAGUCUGCGAACUGUUCGACGUUUUCGAACGAAAAACCCGCUCGAAUUGAAAUCCAAUAAGAGCUUGUAGCAAUUUUGACCUAGUCAAUUCGUUUAUUAGUAGAUGACAGGUCGAUUGGUAGGGUAAGCAAAGUACCCCACGCAAUAGAUAAUCAACAAAAGCGAAACCGGUGCAUCGUCAUUUUGUUGUCAGAAUUUUGUAGUUUUGUAAUUUUUUUUUAUUUUUUGGAAAAAUUACCGAAAAUCCAGAAAACGUUUCAGAAUGGAAUGAUCUUUCUUGAUCUCAUUCAUUCGUACCCGACCUGCCUGUACGGCUACGCAUAAAUUAAUUAUUUUUACAAAUUCCACGUAGUUAUUUUUAUAGCGAAUUGUGAUUUGUCUUUUGGUAUUAUGUAUUAUAGUUACCUUUAUAUUAUACUAUAAUAUACACGGAUUGUGUUCCGGGUAUACACAAGAAUCCGUGUAUGCCCGUUAUAUUUCAAAUUAUUCAGUAUAAUAUAUAAUAUAGGUAUAUAUAUAAUGUUACCCUUCCCUUGAGAAUUGUUUAGUGGGGAGGUGGUUGACGUGAACAGAUGACUCGGUCCUACACUCUGAUUGCAUUUAAAAGCUACGACGAUAUACGUACACCGUGUUAUAAGAUACUCGAAUAAUUACAUUUUAUUUUCAAAAUAUUAGCUGGUAAAUUUCAUUAAAAGUUGGAAUAUUUUGUAUACUAUACGUAGGUGUCUGGUGUACCAUAAUAUUAUAAUGUAACAAGGUUUUCUGUACACACGCGCAGAGACAGGAAACGGCAAAACCUCCCUUUUUCGCCAAAGUAUAUUUUACUUUGUUUUAGAUUUUCAGUAUAUAAGAUGAGAUUUUUGUUUUUUUUUUUAAACAUUAAAUAUUAACGUAAAAAAACGUACACGAAACUUAAGUCUAACUGGAGGUAUUAUAAACUAUAACGUUUUCAUUGAUAUACGUGAUUUUGAGUGAAGAUUUAUUUCAAUAAAGAUCUCUGGUUCCCCUGAUAAAUGAACAUGUGCACGCAUAUGUCCGGGUUUUAAAUUUUAAAGGUCUAAAUUGACUAAAAUAUAAUAUACACGGUUAUUAAUCCCCUUAAGAAAGCUAGGUAAUCGAUUUGAAAUAAUCUAUAAUAAAAAUGAAGCGUCGAGUUUCAAAGUGUAUAAUUUCCAUGUUCAUUAAAUUUUUAGAAACAAAAAAAACAAAUAACUUAAUUUCAAAAACCGUUUUUCUCCGUACUGAUUUUUUAAACCUAUUGGUAUAAUUAUACAAAGAUGAUUUUAUCAAUUUCUUGCUUAAAAUGACAAUAUUUUAUUUGAAGAUUGUACAGUAUGAAACUAACAAUUGGAGAUUACUUGCUUUGAAAAUAACUACUAGAUGGCUUUAUUCCCUUUUUAUUAAGUUUAAAGGUUUACAAACAACUAAAAAUGUUAAUAAUUAUUAUUGAUUAUAAUAAUAAACAUACUAUAAACAAAAUUACACUUGCCAAAGGAGAUUGUACGUUUCAAAACUAAAUGGAAUUUUUAAGCUUAAAAAUACACUGGAAUUUGCCCAUUUAGCUCGAAAAUAAUGGAUUUAUCGAACUCGGCGCUGAAAAUUACAUACGAAACGACAUUUGUCUCACUUUUAAUGAAAAUUGAAGAUUAUAUACUUUGAAACUAGAUUCCUCAAAUGCAUUUGCUACGAAUUUGCUGGCUUAUAAAAUAACUAAUAUUAAACGUAUAUACUAUUAUUCAAAUAUCUAUUCUGCUAUUAUAUAGGUACCUACCAAAAAUAUUAUACAAUAUAAAACUAUUUUCAUUUUAUCACGGUAGGUAGUCUAUACCGAAUAGUGCAGAAUAUACGGUAUAUUUUUCUAAAUUCAUUGUUUUCUCGGCCAUGGAAAAUAUUCGACUACACACACACACACACACAGAAAACAAUAUAUUUCUAUACAAAUAUUAUAGGUACAUUGAGUGUGAAUAUAGCUAGUACUAUAAUAGGAGGUGCUGAUUUAUUUAUACAGAGUGAUUCUUUUGUCAUGAUUCAGCUGUAUUAUCUACGAGAAUUUCAAGUAAAUUUGAUUUUCAUUUAUAUUGCUUUAUUUACAAUAUUAAAAAAUUCUAUAACCUCGAUAAACGAAUAUUGACUUGAUUUUCAAAUCUUCCUAUAUUUUUUAUUAUCUAAAAAUUCAAAAUGAGAUUAUAAUAAUAUUUAAAAAGAAUAAUAAACAUGGGCAUUUAUGAAACUUAACUCUACAGUUUAAAAUCAGUUUAAGUUUAACCUAUAAUAAAUAAACCUAUUGCACAUAAGAUUAACAAACGAUUCUCUAUAUGAUUAUGAACAAAGACUGAAGAAAACCAAAAUACAAUUUACACGAAAUCUUCGUGAAAGUUAACGUCGCUUCGUGAUAAAUUAAUCGCUCUGUAUAUACGCGGUGAUGCUAAAAUAUGUAUCCCAGAGGUCUUAGAGGUUAUUGUGCGUGUUGUUUUCAGAAGCGCUGAAUCAAUAAUAAUAUAUUAACGUAAACCGAAAUGACCGAUUUCAUUACCUAUGUGAGAAAUGGACAAUAUAGGCUCAAAUAGCCAAAAGAUUUUUGGCCUCCAUAAUAUUUAUUGUGUACGCAUAAUAUGCCGGGUUACAUAAAUGAUCUAUAAUAAAAGUUCGAUACGUUAUAAUAUCGUAUCGUUAAAGUCGAUAAAGUUUAUUAAACUCAAAUAGUCUAAAAACGAAAAUAUGAUUUUUCUAAAAACAUCUAUCAAACAUUGUCUGUUUUGUUAUGCUACAACUUAAAAAAAGACGGACAUAUUUCACAUGUGGGUCAGCUACUGUUGUUGGUGAGAAGUUGGGAAGGUAGUAGAGGGGAAUUUCAAUGUAUAUUUGUAAGCAACGAUAAACCAUUGCUAACGAAAAAACAAUUUUGAGUGAAGUUCAUUUGAUAAUGUUGCUUUGUCAACAAUAUAUAUGUCAUAUAAAGUUAAAAUAAUUUUAUGAGUAUUAUAUAUUUUCUUUAAUAAUAUUUGUUUAAUAUUGUAAUGAUUUUCCCGAUUUCCUUAUGUUUUUCUCGGUUUUCCCAUGUUUUUUCCAGUUUUUCACAUUUGAUGGGAAAACUCUUGGGAAAAUAGAAAAAUGACAUCUUUAAAAUUCCAUCCUAGCUAGAUUUCCUUUCAGAAAAAUUGCUAUUUAUUUAUUGCUAUAAAUUUAUUUUUGACUAUCCAUAUAUGAUACAUAUAUUAUAAAACAGUUUGAUAUAAUUUAAAAUAUAUUGUAGUAAAGUUCAAAAAACUGUACUUUUUUGUAAAAUAAAUAUACCUACAUUUUAUUUUCAAUAUUAUAUGGAAUAUAUAUUAUACGUAUAAAUAGUUUCUUAUAAAGAAAACUUAGUUUAUUUGAUUAUUAUAUACCUACAUUGUUGGUGUAUUUACAAUUUUUUUCUCCAGAGACGUUUCAUGUUUAAAAUGUAUAUACAUAUUUACAUAUAUAAUACCUAUAUUGUAUUAUGUAGCAUAUUAUAUUUUGCUUUCAUCGCGCGUCUACCCAAGUUUCAAACAUUUCCGUCGGUUAGUUAAUUGCAUCUGAACAAACUUUGAUACGAUUUCCUCCACCCUCGGGGUUUGUCACCCAGGGCAACAAUGGACAACUACCUCUGUACAUAAUAUAUUGUCUCUACUGUGAACUAUAGCUAUAAAUAUUAUAUAUUUUAUACCCUUGCUUGUUAUAUUAUUAAAAAAACACAAUUCUCAGAUCUCAUUAAAAAAACCAAUUUAAAUUUAUAAACUGUUAUCUUUAACAAAACGUAUAAUUAUAUAAAUAUAAAAAUCGUUUGAUAGCAAAAUCUAGUAAAAAUAUGAAAUUGUUCGUUAUGAUAGAAACUUCAAAAUAUUCACCUGGUAUACUAAUUAAGACAAGUCUAAUUAUUUAUAUUGUACCCUUUCCAUAUCUUUUAUUCUUCUGUAUAUUCUUGUAAUUAUGAAAAAGUAAUGUGUUUUUUUUUUCAUUUUUAGAAAAUAAAAAAACUAAAUUAUCAAAUAGUUUUUUUAAUUUUUUUAAUCAAUAUUCUUAAUUUUUAUACUUUUAAUGUUUCAAGACUUAUUCAAAAUGUAAGAUACUAUUCGUAAUUUUCAUUUUAAUGGUUCGUUUAUAACGAUUGUGUAUCGAUAUUUAUUUUAAUCAAUUAUACAUAGGCGCAACUAGACUACCGACUAAGAGAGUGAAAUUAUGAACUCAUCAAAAAUCCAUGUCUUUUACGCCUCCAAAAUCCACUUUACACGAUUCCUACAAUAAGUAACCACUCAUUUCAUUUACAAUUUUAUAUAUAAAAAUUUAUCAUAAUUAUUUUAACAUUAUUUUUCAUAUACACAUUAAUUUUCUGUUGGAAAUUUGUAUUUUGUUAUGCUCAUUAAUUAUGAAAUACAUGGACAAAAUAUUUAGUGAUUAGUAUGAAAAAGCUUAUUGGGUUUUUUGGAAGUACUAAUUUUAAAGUAGAGGUCACUUAAAAAUCCCCUCGUUGUGCCUAUGUAUACACAACAAAUACAAAUUAUAUAUAAUUAAAUACAUCAAUAUUUUUUAAAUAAAUUGUGAUUAAAAUCAAACAAAUAUAAAAUAUAUAAUUGUAUAACAUUGUAUUGUGUAUAAAUAUAUGAGUUAUUUAUAAUCUAAAAAAAUAGCUUAUAUACUGGAAAUGGGUGUGCUAUUAUUGUAAGUGGCAAGUUGGAAGGCAUAUGAAGUUAUUUAAUUUAUAUCUGCAGUAUUCAAUUCUGAUAUUGAUACUGAUAUAUGAGUAUUCAAAUAUUAAUUUCUGACGACAAACUAUUCUGAGUCACGUUCAGUUAUAGAUAUUUUUAAUAUCGUUAUUUUUACGAUAUUCGUUAAAAUUUAAUAUUAACAUGCAUUUAUAAAAAAACUACUACAUCACGCUUAUCUUUCUUUUUUACUUUUAAGUACAACUUAUAAUGAACCUCGUGUUAAACUGUCAUUCAUUUUUAUUUGAUAUAACAAUUACUUUAGACCUUUUUCUGAAAGGAAAUUUUCUUGGGGUGAUACUUUAAGGAGGUAAUUUUUCGAUUUUCUUAGAAGUUUUCGUAUGAAAUGUGAAAAACCGAAAAAAAAUGGGAAAAUGUACGAAAUAUGUUAGUAAAAUAUUAUGAUUUUUUUUCUGUGGACACCUUUUUUACUAGCAAUUUUGCUCUAAUUUACAAUGAUAACACUUUCUGAAAGAAAAUCUGACUGGGAAGGUACUUUAAGUCAUUUUUCGAUUUUUCCCAGCAAAUUUGAAAAACGUAGGAAAAACGGGAAAAUAAUUACAGUAUUAAACAAAUAUUAUUAAAGAAAAUAUAUAAUGUCUAUUUAAAUAUUUUACUAUAAUAUGACAUAUAUAUAUAUAUAUAUAUAUAUUGCUGAAAAAUCAUCACUAUUAACUGAACUCCGCUCAGAAUCGUUUUUAGUAAAGAAUGGUUUAUCGUUGAUUACAGAUACAAAUUAAUUUCCCCUCUAUAUUCUACCUUCCCAACUUAUCACCAACAACAGUGACUGCAGCCGUCCCCAUUAUCCUAGGAUAGUUUCUUUUUUUUGUUUGUUUUAAAAUUGAGUUAAUUUUCGGAGAAAAGUGGUUAAGCCUGAGCCUACCCACUCAUUAGCCAUCUUUAAAGUUACAUUAUGUCUAUAAGUUUCAAAAACAUAUAUAGGUAUUGCAGGUUUGUUCGCAAAAAGUAUUAUACAUUACAUAAGUAUUUUAACUUUACUAAAGGCCAACAGCCAUUUAUCUGGAGCUGGUUAAGUCCCAGCUAACUUAGCUAUAAAGUAACGGAAACGUUGGCAACAUUGUAGGUACAAGUUUAAAAUCAAAUAAGGCGCCCGGCGAGGGUAGUCAAUCAAGUUUCUUGAAAAGUCCUAUGCGAUCGAUACGAACCGUAUUUCGUUGUCCCAAAAUUUAUUCGGCUAUUAUUAAUCGUAUUGUAUUUAAUUUAUGUUAUGUACUAUGCCCAUUUGGAAAUUGCAGCAAUUAUGAAAAAUUAUUAAACUCAUAUAAUUUAUAAACUUUAAUUAUUAUUAAAGUUUUAAUAUAAAAUUUCAAAAAGCCAGUUCGCUGUUUUAUUUUGUAAUUAAUGAUACAUAAUAUAUUGUAAAUAUAAUUUAAGAAACAAGCAAUUCUAAAAUCUUAUAUAAACGUUAUUUUUGAGUGUGAAACCAUUACCAACUUUUAACUUUCAAAUAGCAAUAUAUAGUAAAAAUUAUUCCAUAAAUAGUUGAAGUUUUAAUUUGAAUUCAUUUUGGUGUUAGUUUUCGUCAACCCGUUAACGAAAUAUUUCACUUUUAAGUUUGAGUAGGGAGGAGAGUAGUAUUUUUUUUUUUUUCUGUAAGUAUAUCAAAUCAAUAAUAUUAUGUUCAUGUUGAUAUUUAGAUUGGCUACUGGAUUUCCGAAUUGUAAAAGCCGUCAACAGUGGCUAGUGUACCAUUACCAUGGUUCUGGUGACCGUCUGGUUUUGUAUCCUAGUGGAAAACUCAGACAUUACGUUCUUAAACACCAGAAUGGCGGCAGUGAGGAACAACAUCAGCGUGACUAUAUUAUCGAUCAUGAACGAUCUUUCGACUACGUACAAGGCUUUUACUGUUUAGAUAAAGUAAUAAUUAUUAUCUUUUAUAUAAAAAAUUGAAAGCCUUUUUAUAUGCUUGUUUAUCUACUAUACAAAUCAAUAGUUUUACUUCCCUCUCGAUGAAACUUUGUACACUUCACAUCCAAAUUGAGGAUCAACUUUUCGUCUCGAAAUGUUCACCUUAAAGGGUGGCUCACACUUAAUUUAAAAUAUUUUAAUAUGAACAAAUUGAAUUUGUUUAUUCGAUUUCUAUUAUACGCAUAAUUAUACAUUGGUAACACAAAAGAAAUAAAAAAAAUGUAUUUAAUUAUUUAAUUUGGUUGUCACAGACAAGCAAGUACCCUUUUUAAAAAAUAAAUUACUCGGUGUCAACGAUUAACUGUGACAGAAAUAAGGGUUAGAAUCAUGGAGACACAUAAAAUUUAAUUAAAGAUUAAUUUCUGUUUUUGAAAAGAUUGAGUCCGGAAAGUACCAGGUAAUUUGGCUAAUUAUCUACAAUAUGUUACCUUUUUCAUACGCUAAUCUAUCAAAUCCUGGAUCCUACAAACCUGUAGCUGGAAAUUAUUUAACUUGUUUUCUAAACUUCUUUCUGCUAUGAUUGAAAUUUCCGUAUAGGUAGUUAUACUAUUCUUUAUUGUUAUUGACGGGAAUGAAUUAUUCUUCCCGUCACAUCGCGCCUAGAUGACUAUAUUAUCAUUGACUGCCGCAACUAUUAAUAAUGCAAAACGGGGCCUUUCGCGGGGAUUCAAAAUAAUUUUGUAUACAUUUUUAUAUAAUUUCCACCCCAUUUUAUUAUGAAUAAAUAUUAUAAACAGGGCUUUGAAUUUACUGCACUGAAAAACUAUUGAUAAUACAAGUAUACAAUUAUGCAAUAUACAUUACAGUUGGAUAAGCUCGGCAAUUUUAUAGAUGCAAUACAAAAUAUUACUUUAACAUUUAAUUUUUAAAAAAAUAUAUUACAAGUGGGAUCCUGCCUUUCUCUCUACCCCGAAUCCCGAAAAUUAUUAGGACGGCCCUGCUGAAAUAUAGAAUUUUCACCGUACAUUUUCAUCAAAUCUUUAAAUUGAAUUUAAUGCAUUUUAAAGCCUAAGAUUCAAUAAAAAAUUAUUUUGUAUUUAUAAAUCAAAUACUUAUAUAAUUUCGUAUUUUAUUUAUAAACGCAAAAUAAUUUUUUAUCGAAUCCUACGUUUUAAAAUGCAUUAAAUUCACAACCCUGCUUGUGUAAACAUGAAUAUUAUUCUAUAAUGAUAUGUAAUGUGUUACGUAUUUAUUUUAUUUAUUUUCAACAUUACACAAAUAGGUGAUCGACAUCGACAAACCGGACUCAAACGCACAAGUGGCAGUUAUAUGCACACCUCAGGUACCAUCACCCUGGACAGAUGUCGAUUAUGUUAUGCGCAGAGUCGUAAACCCGGCUUGUCAAGCCAUAGCCAUGACAUGUCUGUUGCUCGUAGCUGUUGUACAUUUUGUACUACCACAGCUCAGAGACCUGAUCGGAAACAUGGUCACUACUUUAGCCGGGUGCAUGAUCGUGGCUCGAAUCGCUAACGUCGUACGCAUAUUCGUCGAAUAUAACGGCCCGAUUAGCUAUUUAAUGGCAGGUGAGUUAUAAAUUAUAGGUAUACCUAUAUAUACUAUACUAUACUAUACACUGUACUAUCAGUAGCGACGUGAGGGUAGUUCUAUGAGUCUGAAUACUCGUAUGUAUUUUAAAUAGAUAUGUGGGUGAUCAGGUCGACUAGGUGAACGUUAGAUAAAUAAAAAGGAAGUAUAGAUACCUACUUGAAAUAAAAUUAGUUAGCCUAAGUUAGGGGUUCAUGAACCGGACCGGAAAAACAUGAAUCCUGAGCUUAGUUGGUUUUUUUUUUUUUUUAUUUUACGAAUAGUUUUAUUAAUAGUAAGGAAAAACGGAAAAUGUAUGGUAUUAACGGUUUUAUUAUUUUCGAUUGUUGUAAUUCUAUUGAAAAAAUUAUAAACCUGAAAUUUCCAUAGAACAAUUCCUUUUCUAGACGCUGUAAAAUGUUCAAUAUAACCUGGCAAUUUUUGAACUAUUUAUAGGCAUUUGAAUUUUUGAGUUUUUUUUGUGUUUAUUUGAUCUUAUGUGGUUUUAUUGGCCAAACAGAAAUGUUCAAAAAUUUAACAUAAAGUUUGUUGUACAUUUUACACCGUGAUUAAAAAAAGUUGAGCGUCAUGUAGUAAUUUUUAUUUUUUUGGGGUGUUUUAAGGUAACAUUUUUCUGAAUUCGUAAAAAUCACGGGAUUUAAAAACAUGUUUAACCGAACUUUGCUCAGAAUCGUAUUUCGUAAUAAAAUCUUUUAUUACUAUACGUAGGUAUAAAUGUUGUAUUUGUUUCUAAUAACCCAAAUCUUCAUACAAAUAUUUUUAACAGUGUAUGUAUCUUUCAUACUUAUAUACAAAUUAAAUAACUUUUUGGAUUGUACCUUCCCAUCUGUCACUUACUUUAGUGACACUCCUUUUUUCAAUCAGUACACCUUAGACCUAAAUAAUAUUCAUACCUUGACAUUUUUUCCCUUAAAAUUAAAAUACUAUGGAAUAUUUUAUUAUUGACUGUACUAUAUAUAUAUAUAUAUAUAUAUAUAUAUAUAGGAGUUGACAAUAUUAAUACUACGAUAUUAGUGUCAUUCGUGUCGGGGAGAAAUAUAACUCACGUAUAAUUAUUUGCUUAUGGCUUGCGUGCAAGACCGUAUAGGAUACAGCUAUUACUCAUACUUAUAUCUUGAUCAGUAGAGUAGUUAUCACAGGGACAACCAGGCAGUACAAUUUGUUGAGAGGUUUACAUGUGUAAUAGGGGCACUGGUGAUAUUUACGUAUUUGGUAGACAAAUUAUGGAUGCAAAUAAAGCAAAUCAAUAUUUAGAAAAAAAGUAAAUAUAGAAACUCUGCUAAGCUAUACAAAUAGUAUCAUUUAGGGUUAUGACAGUCGAUAAGCAAUAAAUACUAGACAUUAUGUUAGAAUAGUACCUAACCCUCAUAAAUGUUAUUAUAUGAUUAUGGCCGUUUUCUUUAUCAAUUUACAAAUUUCAACGCUUGUUAUCUCGAUUAUCUAUAAAUUACUAUAGAAAACAAAUAAAAUGGAUAAAUGCACAAAAUCAAAAAAAAAAUUAUUAUGAAACCACGAUUAAUUGUAUGAUAAUAAACAAUUUUGUAACAAUGUUAUAAACUAUAUCAACCAUCGGACGUUCCAGGAUAGUAAAAUAAUAGCGGUGCGUAAAAAAAAAGAAUUUAGUAAUGGAGCUAUAUUUCUUUGCAUACCCUCCCCCCUAAUAACCAUACUAAACAAUUUAUAUACAAAUUAUUUAAUAUUUUCAUAAAAACGAGUUAGCUAUAAAUAAAAAUUACUAAUACGAGUAUAAUACUCAGGCAUCUUCUCUGACGUCUGGAAGAUCUAUUCUAUAACACUUAUUCUGAAAUCUGGUGACCCUUCAGAUGUCUCCAACUAUAGGACUAUCUCCAUUCUUCCACAUCUCGCAAAAAUCUUCGAAUCAAUAGUUUACUUCUAUGUUAAGCGAAGUCUCAAUCAAGUAAUUAUGGAUAACCAGCACGGCUUCCGUCCAGGUAAGUUUACCACAUCUAGUGGCGUAGUUUUUUCCACCUUCAUUUUGAAUUCUCUUGAAGGUUCCAAGUCGAUGUGGUGUUCGCCAAUUUCUUGAAAGCUUUCGACACUGUUGACCACGGGCUUCUCAUUAAAUUCUUUGAUAACAUCGACAUAGACAACUUUACUCUCCUGGAUUACGUCCUAUCUUACCUCUAGAAGACAAUUCGUCUCCGUUAAUGGUACUUCAUUCGUUCUGUCUUCCAUUUCCUCCGUUGUUUCUCGAGGUGAUCAUUUCAGUCCACUUCUUUUAAUUUUGUUCGUUAACUCCCUUAAAGACAUUCUAAAUACCGCCAAGGCCCUUCUACUUGCUGAUGAUAUUAAGUCAUUCAUCAAAAUUAUUUCUCCUUCUGAUUGCCUUCGUCUUCAUCCGACCUAGAUUCUUUCUGUACUUGAGUCAACAAUGUCAACCUUUGUCUAAAUAUCGGGAAGUACCACGUUAUGUCUUUCUCCAAAUCCUUCUCUCAUAUCUCCCACUAAUAUUCCCUUAGUGGCUCCCCACUUAAUCGCAUCACUGUGGUUAAAGAUCUAAGUAUCUAUUAUACACCCAAUUUGUCUUUUGAUCAAUUGUAUUUUGCUUCAGUGCGCUUUAAUAUGUAUUUUCUACGUCACUGAUCUUGAUUAGCUGUAAUAAUACAAAUUUACUCUCGUAGUAAACGCUAAUAAAAUAAAUAUAUAAGUAAAAAAAUCAAUAAUUUAAUAUUAAAACGGAAAAUAAAAAUUAUUAAUAAUAAAAAUGGUAAUAAAAGGAGAUAUUUGUAAUCUUGAAACGAAAAAAACAACAUACUUUGUUUAUUUUUCUUCUUGAAUGAAUAAAAUAUUAUAAUGAUGUAACCUGUUCCAUUAUUAUUUUCUGAAUAACCUCUUUCCUGUUUUGUAGUUAUAUUGGUUUAAGUGGAGGAUGGAGUUUCCGUUUUUAUUUAAGAUAAAACUAUUCGUCUCUUUUUGUAUAAGUCUUCAAAUUUCCAAGAGAUGCUUUAAUACUGAUUUACUUUUUGUCACUGAGGUAUUUUUAAUAACAUUUUAAAACUCAAAUUAGUUUUAUUAAUAACAAAACCUUUAAUACUAAUUGGAUUAUACAAAAUCAGACUCAUACAUAUUAUAUUUUUGAGAAAGAAACACUAUUAACCGAACUUCGCUCAUAAUCGUUUUUCAUUAGCAAUGGUUAAUUGUUGCGUAAAGUUAAAUUUAAAGUUACAUUAAAUUUCUCCUCUACCUUCCCAAUUUCUCCCCAACAAAAGUGGCUCACUCACAUUGGAAGUAUUUCCUUUUUUUUAUUUUAUAAUUUUGUAUGAAGUAUAUAAUUUUUGGUGUAAACUUUAAAUAACAUUAUAAAAUUAUGUAUAUUUUAUUACAUGCUAUACUUGAGGUCUUCUACCCUAGGAAUAAAGAAACACGUAUACUUAUAUGUAUUUUGUUUUAGUGUUUGUUUCUUCUAUAUACAAUUGAAAUUAUUCGAUUUUAUUAUUUGAACAUAAUGGUAAACUAUUCUUAUUAUGAUAUGUCUAUAUUUCAUUUUUUAUUAUGUAAUUAACAGAUCUUCAAACUACAGCUAUAUUAUUGGUGUGCUCAAAUUUAUAUUUAUUUUUUUCUAUGGUAAGAUUAUAUGAGUUUUUGAUUGGUUACUGGUCCCGUGGGAGUUUAAACUAUGCAGUGUUUGGAAAAUCAAUAGACUAAAAAAAAUCAUAGAGAGAAUAUGAAACCCUCAUACAUUCCCCCUCCAUGAGUUCAACCUCGUAUCACAUCACGACUGAAUUUCAAAUAGGGUCGUUGUCUACCUAUAUAAUAUUAUGACACAUUUAGUAUAGUUAUAUAAAAAACCUCGACGAUGAAAACCCCAGAAAAAAUGUACCUAUACAUAUAUAGAGGUACUUUAAUAAUAUAGUGUUUAAUUUAGAGUAUGUACCUACCAGAUUAAAAAUAUUAUAUUUUUGAUAUUGUGACUGUCAUGAAAUACUAUUUAAUUAUUAACAUCCGUAUAAACAGCUGCAAUUGUUUCUUUGAAGAAAUAACUAUAAAGUGUAAAGAAAUUUACAGGAAAUUCAAUAUUAUUAUAAUAAUUACGAUAGGGAAAUAACCUAACCUAACCUUUGAAAUAAAGAAAAAUAAUUUUAAUAAUAUUUUAAAUGUUCAAACUGAUUUUAAAAAUAAUAUCUUAUAUCAAUAUACUUUAGAUAAUAAAUAAUAACCAAAUAAUUUGUAUUUCUUAACAUAUCUAUGCCUAAUAAUAACUAAUUUUAAAUAAUUUCUCCUAUUAAAAUAAAUUAUUUCUAUGUAAAACGACCAAUUUGUAUAAUUUUUUUUCUAUGUAUUCUUUCAUUUAAUUUUUUAUAUUUAGUCGCGUUUUACAUUUUGUCUGUUUUAUACACUUAUUAUAAUACUCCGGGCGGUACAUUGAUUCUUUUAUUUAUUUUAUUCUUAUGUAUACAUUUUAUAUAUAUAUAUAUAUAUUUACUUAAUUUAUUUACGAGUAUUAACCAUUUUAAUGAUUUUGUUUUUACUUUAUUAUUUUAUUAAUAACUAGGACUAUAAAUGUAUAACCCAUGAGUACAAUUAAAGUGUAUACUGUAUAUUAUGCAACAUAUUUGUAAAGCAAGAUAUUAAGGUGUAUGAUAAUUUAACUAGAUGAAAGUAGGAUAAAGUUCGAAGGGAAGCCUAUAUUUCAUAACAAAUGUGGAGUGUUCCCGAGAACUAACUAAAACCAAACAAACUUUCAAGAAACUGAUUGCAUAGAUAAGAAUUUCAACAUUUUUUGUCUCCACACACAUAUUUUAUUCAUAAAAAUUAGGGACUCAUAAAAUUUUAAAAUAAACUACACGCCCUCAGAAAAAAAAUAUAUAUACACGUGUCCCACUGAUUUUUCUAGAAUAUUUUCUAUUGAAUAUUUAAUUUUUAAAAAUGUUUUUUUUUCAAUCUGCUUUUCUUUAAGGGGUACAUAAUAUAUUAUGUGUCAUAUUAUGGUAAAAUAAUUAUAUAAUAUGCAUCAUAUAUUUUCUGUAUUAAUAUUUAUUAAUAUUUAUUUAAUAUUGUACCUAUUUUCCCAUUUUCCCCCCGGUUUUCACAUUUGUUGGAAAACUCCUGGGAAGAUCAAAAAAUGAUCUUCCUAAAGCCCCCCAUACACGAUAAUAUUAAUCAAUAUUUGGUAUUGGCAAUAAUAUUGAUCACAUAUAGGCUAUUGGUAUUGGAGGAUUAAUCAAUAUAUUGAACAAAUUAAAAACGACUCGCUGUCAAUAAUAUUUUAUUUUCAUUUUAUUCCGAUUAUAAAUCGUACAUUUUUGCCGGUUUUUCUCUGGGAAAAACUCCUGGGAAAAUCAAAAAAUGAUCUUCCUAAACUAUCACUAUCACCCCAAUCAGAUUUCCAUUCAGAAAAAGUGUUAUCAUUGUAAAUCAGAUCAAAAUUUCUGGUAGAAAAGUUGUCCACAGAAAAAAAAAAUAAACAAUGUAAAACCAAUACAUUCCUCCUCGCUCCGCUCAAAAUCUAAAAUUGACUUUUUUUCUGGGUAUAAAGGUACAUAAUAGGUAUUGUUUUCUUAAUUGAAACUAAAAUUUAUAUUAUAAAAAAUUUACUAAACGUGAAUAUAAUAAUCAUUUUCUCUUUUAGACGCAUUUCUUUACAUCUCCACGCUCAGCUCAUUUUUCUGGCUAAACGCAAUGGGAUAUUACAUUUGGCAUACAUUUAAAUCACGAAAUGUGUUUUUGCGCAUUACCGACGGACGCAAAUAUUGUUAUUAUUCUCUAUACGUUUGGAGUUGUACUAUCGCGAUGGGAGGUAUGGCAAUAUUCGCUCAUUUCAUAUUAGAUGCUCCGGAUUCCCGAAAUGACAUCAACAGAAAUUAUUCUUCGCAUCCGUCUUCUGCCCCACCGAUCGAAGGAGCCAUAGGUAAAUGGAAUCAAGUAAUUAGUAAUAUCUGUAUGCUUUAUUUAAUAUUAUUAUUAACACGUCGCGCGUAUUUACGUGUUGUUUAGUUUUCAAAAUAAAAAACAAAUUUAAAAAUAUUAUCAUAUUACAAAUGUUUUCUUUUUACAGGGUGGCUCGGAGUAGCUGUUAUUUUCGUUCCAGUUAUGUGUACGAUUCUAGUCAAUUUGUUCUUUUAUUUCUCCACAAAGACGGUGAUUAAACGAAUGUCAACGUACGGUCAAAUUCACCACAAAAUGAAAUAUAGGUAAAAAUAUUAGAAGUCACCCUAUACAAUUUUAAGUUUAGAUACAUUUAUCAUUAUCAUAGUAUUUAUGAUGUAAUUAAAUUCUGAUUUUUUAAAUUUUUAAGUGUAUAAAAGGCGAUAUUUUGAUGAUUUUUCUGAAAAUUGACCUAUUGUAAUCGAAAUUUAAAUAAAGAGUUUCUGAGUUAUUCUACUUUAAAAUACUAAGGGUAACAGUAUAAAAAUGCUUCAUUUGUGUGGUAGCACAUUGAGUAACGUUUUCAUAACGCUCUACUAGUCUCCCUCUACCCAAACUUAAAAUUGGAAUAUCAAAAUUUGCACCAUCGUCACUUUAUCAAACUAAUUACUAAUAAUAAUAGGAACUUUUAAUAUCUGUUCUCAUUUGAAAAAACAAAGUUAGUAUCACCCCCAGUGGCGUAUCUGGGGUUAUGUUAAGUGAGGGGGUUGAAGUUUAUACUUAUACUUAUACUAAAACUGAGUUUUUCACAGUUUUUGAUAGGUUUGUUGCGCUAGGUUAAGUUAACCUAACCUAACCCUCAAACCCCAGAAAAAUUGGUAAUAGUAGCAGAUGCCAGUGUAAUAUUACUCCAGCAUCCAAAAUUCGAAAUAGUUUAAAAUGACUGAAAAAACCUAUACCAAUAAUUGUUAUUUUAAUUGUGCAAAUUAGUAAACACAUUUUAAAAAUGUGUACAUUACCUGAAACCCACAUAAAACGGGUUUUAAGUUGUGGAUACAAUUAUUAGUACCUAUAGUAUCUAUUUACAUAGGUACUUACAAUAACAUAAUAAUAGUUUAUAUUGUGUAUAAUAAUAAUAAAAUACAAAUUAGUUAUAUCAAAAACUUAAUUCUUUAAAAUAUUAAACUCUCCCAAUUUAAAAAUAAAUUUGUAUUUUAAGAAAUAUAAAAUUGAAUUUUAUAUUGUGUACAUUAACAAUUCUGUAUCUGUAUUAUUAGAAGCAGAUGUAAUGUAUAUUUUUUGAUUUACCUCCAAUUCAUAUUUCAUAUUUCGUUAUUUAUGAAAAUUUAAUUUACCUUUCAAAAAUGAAUUUCCAUUGAAUUUCAAAAAUUUUGCCUAAUCUAAUAAUUCUAUAUCACUUAUAAUUGAUAAUGCAUGAUACAAAAAUUUAAAAAAAAAAACUAAGUUUUAUCUUAGAUAAAACCUAAAUAUGAGUAGUGAUUUUGGCAGUGGAAUAUCUGUUUUGUUCACAAUAAUUGUAAAAUUAAAUUGUAUUUUUUAAAUAAUUAUUGUUGUAUAGGCAUUUCGUUACCAAACAAAUGUAUGCACAAUUUAUAUGAUUUUAAUUCAAACAUUGGUAGGGAACAAAAACUAUUUUAGCAACUAUUAAUACUGAUAAAUGAUGGCAUAUUUUUUAUCAAUUUGUCUAUCACAGAUGCAACAAUAUCACUGAUAUCUAUAUUUUUAAGAUCACCAUCUAAAUUGAACACUUUACUGACUUCCUUUACUAUAUAAUAUUUAUUUCUUGUGUUUUUGCAUUAUUAAUUUUAAUGCUAGAUCAGUAGUUAAGUUUUUAUUUGUCACUCCCCUUAAAUAAUUUUAAAACCCUUUUAAAACCAUUGUUAGAGGGGGAUAUAGCUAAAAUUGAUAUUAUGAAGUCUAUUUAUCAAGUAUUUUGUAAUAAUGUUUUGCCAGAACCAGAAAUUAAAAUAGGUUUAUUUUUAUUUUUAAUAUUAAUUUAAUUGUAGAAGUUUUCCUAAAAUCUACAUUUGAAACUAGAUGGACAAAUGAAUAUGCAGAUGGCUUUUAUUUUCCUUGAUCUUUCUCCUUUUGGCUCCAAGAUUCCAUUGAACUUUUUUAAUUCGUUUCAGAUUGCAUUCUAUCACUACUAAGACCAUAGGGCAACUAAACUACCAACUUAGGCGGACUUUCCAGUGAUAAUAUAAAGAGGAACAAAGAAUAUUUUUAGACUGUAGACAGGAAGUAGGACCAAUACGUGAUACAUUACGCCAUCUAGCGGUCUAAUAAUUAUUAAUUUUUAGUCUAAUAUACAAUGUUAAAAAAAAAUGCAAUAUGAAGGCAGGGAGUAAACACUCAAACACCACUGGCUACGCCACUUAUCGCAUCAGGAUACUCCUUAAAUACUGUCGUAUAUGCUAUACUUAAGAACACAAACAAUCAAUAGAACAAAAUUGUAUUAUGUGUAAUAAAAUAAAAUGCAUAUAAAUGUAUGUCCCUUGAUCAUGCUACUUACCUGUGCCACAGUUUUAGAGAAACUCCAGUCCUCUCUUCUCUGUCGACUUAAAUAUGUUGUACAUUUUGUUAUCUAAGCUCAUUUGCUUCAUAUUAACCUAAAUUGUCUAUAAAUAUUGUUUAAAUUAAUUUUGUAUUAGGUAUAAUUUAUUAAUAUGCUUUAUUGGCACAUACGAAAAUGCUGUGAAAAAUCUACACUUAAAAUUUCAAAAAAUUAGAAUUUUAAUACAUGCAAAAUUUAACCGUUUUUAACAUUACUUUACUACUUAGCAUAUAAUAUAAUUAAGUAUUUAUAAUAGUAUUUAUACCUAUGUUGUAUAUUUAUUUAAACAUAUCUACAUUAUUUACCCUAUAGUUUCGAUAUGUUCUCUAAACUGUUCGCAAUCAUGAUUGUGGACCUGACGCUGUUUAUUCUUUCAUGGACACAAGAUGACAUACUUUUCUACGUGCAUGUUAUAUUCAAUCCCAUUCAAACAGCGUUCAUACUUUACGUGACCGUAAUACGACCGAAACGUGUGAAAUUUCUUUUGCGCAAAGCCUGCUGUUACGAACAUUGUAUUUUACCGUGCUGUCGACCCAAGGAAACGGAUGUCCAGGCCGGUACUGAAUGGGGAGAAGAGAUGAUGGCAUUUAACACCUCUGAUUAUUAAAAUUUCAGAUUUUCAAACGUAUUAAUAACAAUUAUAUUAUAAUUAUGUUAAAGAUCGAAAAUAAUUACU